UCAUCUGGCAAAGCUGUUUUAAGACGCACGGUCCCUCUAAUUGACGUGGCCUCAAAAUUUCGGGUGAAAAAAUGCAAAAAGUUUGCAUUGUUUAAUAGUUAAUUGUGUCAGGCCAGCUUUGAACUGUACGCCGAAAGCUAAAUGCACCAAGGAGUCCAGUCAGCCUCCAGAUUAUCGUGAAUCCAAGGCGCACCGCGCAAAGGACGCAGCAGAAAAGAGAAGAAAGGAGAGUUCAGGGCAGUGCCGUCCCCGUGAAAAUAUUUUCUUUGAUUCGCGCACGCGGCGGCGAGUCCUUUGGAGGAUUGGCUGCUCGUUGAAAGUGGGACACACACACCUCCUCCCGUUGCCGAUAGCUUGACCCGGAAGGAGGACUACCCUGAAAGCGCCGUCGAAGCCAACGUCGCCGAAGCCAAUCAGGGGUGGAAGAAGAAGCGCAGCUACAAAGUGCAAGUGCUGAUCGAGGGAGCUGCUCUGUGUUUUGGAUGCCAGUGUGGAAGCCGUUGCUGUGACUAAGACGGAACCUAUGAAUUAGAAGCAUGUCUGCUUACAAUUCGAAUUACUUGCCACCCUCCUGCGCCCCGGUGCCCCUGAACGGGAACAACCUGAUGAACGGACUGCCAGGAGCGGGCCAGCAGCAACAUCAGCAACAGCCACACCAACUGCCCCCCACAGCUGCCAGCCAGCAGCUCUACCAGCAGCAGGCUCAGGGCCAGCAGCUGCCGCCGGUAUCCCAAGCACCGCCAUAUCCAGGAGGAGCAACCAAUCUGCCGCCCACGUCGCCGUUCAACACCAACAUUUCACAAAAGUUUCUGCCGCCCACGUCUGUCGCUCAGCCACCUCCUCCACAGACGUCCGCCGCCAACAACGGGCCGUUCUACGCCAACGGGGAUGCCAAGGGCACGCCCAGUGCGAAUUCCUCGCGGACCAGCUCUUCCGGGCAGCUGUAUGACCAAGCUACUCUUGGCAAUCCCCCGCCUGCGUCGGGACUGCGCUCGGCACCACCACCCCUCGCCCAGCCCGUGGCCAACCUGGCGUCGAAGAUGCAAAGCUUAGACUUGAACCCGCACCGCGCCAACGGAGGCAGUGCGGCAGUACCGCCUCCGGCGCCCACAGACUUCAAGGGCGUGGCACAGGCUCAGGCAGUGCCUCUGACCCAGGCGGCGGCCGGCAGCCUCAUGGCAGCCACCAACGCAGUGCCGAACCUCAUACCAGACCCGUUCAACGGGCAGAAGCCGCCCAACUUACACCCCAAUCCGGCAAAGAUGUUCGGGGUGCCGGGGGCGGUGCCCCCCACCAGACCCCUGCAGCCGCCCGGUGCCUCCGAGCGGAUACCGUACGGAAUGCCACCCCAGGCGACGGGCGACCCAACCUACCAGCAGCAGCAGAAUCAGCAGAACAAUAACUUGCACAGGGCAGCUCUGCCGCCCGGCGCCACUGGACCUGGUUGGCCCGGGCCCCCGGCCCAGGUGCCGCCGAAGCCCCUGGCCCCGCCUCCAAUGCAUCCUCCAGCUCCUUCCAAGCAGCAGCCGUACCCAAUGACCCAAGCGUAUCCCCCGGCGCCGCUCCAGCAACCCAUAAUGCCCAAGCCCCCGGCCAGCGUGCAACCACCACCUCCGGGAAUGUUCGGGACCCAGCCGUCUGGUGCUCCGCUGCAGUACCAGGCCCAAGCGCCGCCUCAAGCCUACGCCCAGCAGCAGCCCGUGCAAGCUGGCUACAACUCGCCCGCGCCGCUGAACGUGACCCAGCAGGGCUUCAGCCGGCUGUGGGGCCAGGACACCAUUGACUUGAUGCAGAACCGGCACAUCCUGUCGCCAGCCACCAUCCCGCCUCCGAAGAUAGUGCUGCACAACCAGUUUCACGAGUCGAUCAACUGCAAUCCGAGCAUAAUGCGCUGCACCCUGACCAAGAUACCUGAAAGCAAUUCGCUGCUCCAGAAGUCUCGUUUGCCGCUCGGCAUUGUGAUUCAUCCCUUCCGGGAUGUGAAUAGCCUGCCCGUGAUUCAGUGCAUCAACAUCGUGCGCUGCCGGCUGUGCCGCACCUACAUCAACCCGUUCGUCUACUUCGUGGAUAGCAAGAUGUGGAAGUGCAACCUGUGCUAUCGGGUCAAUGAGCUGCCCGACGACUUCCAGUUUGACCCGGCCACCAAGACCUACGGCGACGUCACCCGCCGGCCCGAGGUGCGCUCGAGCACCAUCGAGUUUAUAGCUCCGUCGGAGUACAUGCUGCGCCCGCCCCAGCCGGCCAUGUAUCUGUUCCUCUUCGACGUCUCGAUUAUUGCCCAGCAGAGCGGGUACCUGGAGGCAGCCUGCGCUGUUCUGAACCGCCACUUGGACGAGAUGCCGGGCGACGCGCGCACCCAGGUGGGCUUCAUCUGCUACGACAGCUACGUGCACUUCUACAGCAUGGCCGAGGGCUUCAACCAGCCGCAUGAGAUGACCCUUCUGGACAUUGAGGACCCCUUCCUGCCGCGGCCCGACAGCCUGCUGGUGAACCUAAAGGAGUGCAAGGAGCUGGUGCGCGACCUGCUGAAGCAGCUGCCAAAGCGAUUCGCCAACACGCACGACCCAGGCUCCGCCCUGGGAGCCGCCUUGCAGGUGGCCUUCAAGUUGAUGCAAGCUUCGGGCGGCCGCAUCACGGUCUUUCAGUCGUGCCUUCCCAACAAGGGACCGGGGGCUCUGGAGCCACGCGAGGAUCCCAACAACCGCUCGGCCAAGGACGUGGCGCACCUCAAUCCCGCCACAGACUUCUACAAGCGCUUCGCCCUCGAGUGCUCCGGCUACCAGAUAGCCUGCGACCUGUUCCUCAUGAACCAGCAGUACAGCGACAUGGCCACCAUAUCUGGGAUUAGCAAGCACAGUGGCGGGUGCGUCCACCACUUCCCCCUCUAUCAAAAGACUAAGCCCCACAUGGUCGACUCCUUCCGCACGUGCUUCAAGCGGUACCUCACCCGGAAGAUAGGCUUCGAGGCGGUGAUGCGCAUAAGAUGCACUCGCGGACUCCAGGUCCACACAUUCCACGGGAACUUCUUCGUGCGCUCGACAGACCUACUCUCGCUGCCGAACGUGAACCCGGACGCAGGCUACGGGAUGCAGAUCUCCUACGACGAGAACCUGACGGACGUGAAGACAAUAUGCUUUCAGGCGGCGCUCCUGUACACGAACAGUGAGGGCGAACGGCGCAUUCGUGUUCACACGGUGUGCCUUCCGGUCACGGCCUCAUUGCCCGAGGUGAUGCACUCCGCGGACACGGAAGCGAUUGUGGGGCUCCUGUCGAAGAUGGCCGUGGAUCGGUCGGUGUCCGCCAACCUGUCGGAUGCACGCGACGCGUUCAUCAACGCCACCAUCGACGUGUUCAACUCGUUCAAGAUCGCCCAGAACCUUCCCUCCGGGCAGUCGGGCCAGCUGAUAGCUCCUCGCAGCCUGGCGCUGCUGCCACUCUACAUUCUUGGACUGCUGAAGCACCCCGCCUUCCGUGUGGGCACCAGCACGCGACUGGAUGACCGCGUCUUUGCCAUGGACUGCAUGAAGACGCUGCCGCUGGACCAACUGAUGAAGUACGUGUAUCCGGAGCUGUACAAGAUAGAUCCUCUCAUAUACCAUGCUCGAAACACGAACGUCAGCUCGACGCCGGAGGACGACGAAGAGGACGACCAGCUCCCCGAGCUACCGCGCCUGCAGCUGUCAGCGGAGCACUUGGACUCUCGAUCCAUAUUCCUGAUGGACUGCGGCACCUUGAUAAUGCUGUACGUCGGCUUGAACGUGCCCGCCAACGUGCUGGAGGCGCUGCUGGGUAUUAGCUCCACGGCAGAGUUGAGUGACUAUGUGUACGGAUUGCCAAAUGUUGUGAGCCAGGAGAACGAUGUGCUGAAACGCUUCAUUUCGCGACUCAAUUACGAUAAGCCUUACUCGGCUCUGGUUCAGAUAAUCAGGGACACGAGUACAGCCAAGGGACAAUUUAUAGAGAGAUUAACCGACGAUCGCAGUGAAUCUAGUUUAUCGUACUAUGAAUUUUUGCAACACAUUAGGGCUCAGGUUAAAUAGUAUAUGAAUAAGGAAUCCCACAACCACAACCACUAUUGUAUCCACCAUAAAUAUAACCCAAAAAGAACCCUGGUGACUAAACAGAUUCAGGAAUGUAGGUAAAGGCUAGCGAGACUGGCAAGCAACAACUUUUCUAUUGUCAUUCGACUUAGGUAAUUUAGAAGUGCAUGUUUUAUUUAUUUGUUGAUUUGUUGCACUUAAAAUAAAAUUAAAUCUGUCACAACCUUUCGUUUGAUGACGUCGAGGAGAGGAGUGCAGGGCGAGCAACAUCAGGAUGCCUGGCCUUCCGGCUGUUGGCUGUAGGCUGUAGUAGAACUCCCUGCAGGCGAUUUCGCGUGCAAUGUUAUUUAUUAUAGAUAUGUUAUGAAAUAAACUAACAAUAAACUGUUGUAAAAUUACAAUUUUUGUUUGCGAACCGCCCCAAACAUUCUGCAAAUCACAGCCUGUAUUAUGAUCGCUUCUCGAUUUUAAAUUUCUGUUUUCUAAUUAAUUAUUACACGCGCUAGAGAGGUAGGCUUCACAAGUCUCAAAGUAAAUCUAAUUUAUAAGUCGAAUGAGAGUCGCAGUGUUUAUCGGUAGUUAGCAAACUUAUUUCAGAACCUGAAUGUAAGCGAAAAUUUGGUAUUGGACUGCUAUAAUACUGCAUCAAUAAAUAAAAGUAAAAAUAAAA